UUGAAAGGUAAUACCGGAAACGACACUUGAUUUGUUAUGGAAACUUAAUGAAAUUUCUGAUACUGAAUUGGGAGCAGUGAAACCACCUUUUUUUUCUUUGUUUUUUUAUGAUCGUAUUCACUCCAAUGACUCCGACAGAAUCUGCAGUUGUGAUCAAGAAACCCGUUCCAGAGAUUUUAACAUACCGUAGAGCAUAAAUUGAGAAGAAUCGAGCCCAACAGAGAAAACACGUCUUACCUCCCAAUUUAGUCGCUCUUGAGGAUUGUUUUCCGAUUGCCUCAUUGGACAGGAAGAGUGCCCUAACCAAGAGUUUUGCCACAAGACAAAUGAACCACUGAUUGGUAUGCAGGACGGUGAUUUCACUAACCAGCCCAGACAACAGGAACACCAUCCUCUUGCUGACCACUCCCAAGAAAGACACCCACCAAGGCACGAAGAAUAGGGAGACUCCACACCUCACAUUUAGAACUGAAGAAGCCUUUUGGAUUCAAGGUGAAACGUCUUCAACAAACAAUAACUUUCUCGUUGCCUUGAUUCAACACUUGCCGAAAGUACUGAAACUCUCAACACCAUCCUCCAUUAGCGUCUUUACUAUACUGAAUACCUCAACUCCUGCAGAGUCAGUGUGAUGGAGUGAGAAUGGGAAGAGGCAGCAUCAAAAGUGGCUUCAGCCCUGGAGGCUGAUGCACCAUCUCCAUCAGGCCGCCAGAAUGCACAUAGCGUCGGUGGCCGUCAGUAAGGUCGGCUUCCUAUUUUCUCUUAUGUUUUGCGGCCUCCUGCUGUUGCUCAUCCCAGCCCUCCAACCCACGGCUCGCCAGGUGGACCUGCCACAACCCCGACCUCAAGUCAAGACCUCAGUCUAUACUUUACAGCAUAAUAGUGUGAUUCCCAGAGUCUCCAAUUCUGCUGGGGGCACAGAUCACGCCACAGGGUUGAAUAUAAGCUCAGGACGGUUUAAUGGUACCGUUGAAACUGAACUUUUUGGGACUGACGACUACAGAGGGACGUACUCAGAAAAAAACUCUGUUGCAGUUUCCAUCCCAAAUGGACAAGGCCAAAUACUUCCUGGAUCUAGAUCACGGGACCUGUUGGAAUUAAAAGACAUUUUUAUUGCUGUUAAAACCACCAGAAAGUACCACAAGUCCAGACUGGAGCUGCUGAUUCAGACCUGGAUAUCACAUGCAAAAGAACAGACCUACUUAUUCUCAGACGGGGACGACAGGGAGCUGCAGAUGAGAACAGGCGUAAACAUUAUCAACACCAACUGCUCUGCAGCUCAUACUCGACAGGCUCUUUGCUGCAAGAUGUCUGUUGAAUAUGACAAAUUCAUUGAGUCUCAGAAGAAGUGGUUCUGUCACGUGGACGAUGACAACUAUGUGAUUCUACCUAGCCUGUUGCAACUCCUGUCUUCCUUUCACCACAGCCAGGAUGUUUACCUUGGUCGGCCCAGUCUUGACCACCCUAUAGAAGCUGCAGAGAGGGUCAAGAGCAAUGGCUUGGUGUCAGUCAAGUUCUGGUUUGCAACCGGCGGAGCGGGUUUCUGUAUCAGCCGAGGUCUGGCAUUGAAAAUGAGUCCGUGGGCCAGUUUAGGGAAUUUCAUCAGCACCGCAGAGAAGAUCCGACUUCCCGAUGAUUGCACCAUCGGCUACAUUAUUGAGGCUCUGCUGGAGGUCAAAUUAAUACACACACAUCUCUUCCACUCCCAUCUGGAAAAUCUCCAGAAGCUUCCCACAGACACUGUAUCGGAGCAGGUGACACUUAGCUAUGGAGGCUAUGAGAAUAGAUGGAAUGUGGUUAGCAUUGUUGGAGGCUUUUCAGUGGUUGAAGACCCAACAAGGUUUAAAACAGUCCACUGCCUGCUAUAUCCUGAUACUGACUGGUGUCCAAAGCCCAAACCUCAUAACAAAAACUGACUUCCACCAUAGCUUUAUGAAGCAGCUCUAAAAGUAUUCAAAGUGCUACCUUGUCAGGACAAAUCAAUCUAAUUCUUCACAAGUGAUGCUUUAAGUCAAUGCUGUCUCACCACCUACCUCACGUGUGUUUGACAUGAUAGAAUUCUUUGCCAAAACACAUUUUCGGUGUAAAGGCUUAGUUUAGCUUAGCUUAGCUUAGCUUAGCUUAGCUUACCUCUGAAAUGAAAUGAACUGGAACUGGUUAUUGGUGUCUCGAGCAUCUGGAGCUUCUUUUAUUUAAGUAUCAAACAACACAAGGAAGAAUAACAAACAUACAAAUGGACAGAAUCAUGAAUCCAAGUUUGUAAAUCACUGCAUUCAGCAGUUCAUUUAUUCAUUUUAAACAAAUUGCAUUCACAUGAGGCUCAUCAUCUUAUCUACCAGUUUAACUGCAAUAAUAUGCGAGCCCAGGCUGAUCUAAGGUCACAGAGAAUCUAGCAAAUACACGAGCUAUUGUUAGUUGGAGAGAAACAAAACAUUUAACUUUCGGUUUUUCUUUGGUGCAAAGACUGUAAACAAAACAGAACAUUUAAAACAUUCAGAAAAACAUAAAUGACUUUUAAACAUAAUGACAAGCAAGCAUCUGAACAGUGGGUACCAUUCUAACACACACACACACACACACACACUGUGUGGUGACUAUAAGCUGGUAUGUCUAUAUUCACCAGAUACAUUAAGUUCUAUUUCCAUCAUCUCAAGGUUAUACAAAACAAAGCGGCGCAUGGUGCAACCGUGUAAGCAAAUUACAAGUUACCAAUGUGCAUUCUAGAAAAUUCCUCUUCCAAGGCUGAAGCUUUUUGGUAUUGUGAAGUCAGUUUAGUACAAGACAGUCAAUAUGCCGAGUAACUUUUUGACUUUGCCUCUAUGUUGUUUGGUAAAAGUGAAAAACAAAAAUAUACACCCUUAUUUCCACCAAGCAGUACAGUUUAAUUCAGUUCCUCUUGGUACACAAUGUUUUCCAUUUCUUUCUAUUUAUUAUAUAUGCUGUUAAUAUCUAUUGCAAUAAGGAAUGAAGGAUGAAGACUCAAGAACGAGAUAAGGUACUGUGGAUGUGUAUAAUGAACGAACUCAAGAGUAUUGGUUAGUUUUUGUUUUUAACCGAGGGGCAAUGACAGCAAAAUUUGCAAGAUUUUAUAUCCAGUGUUUUUAAUGUUCACAUCAUCAUAAUGUCACCCAGUUGCGCUUUCAGUAUUUGUAGACAGGCCCACAUUUCUUGUUUUUGCACCAUUUGUACUGCAUGCGUUGCAUAAGAUGCGAGAAGUUCUAUGCCAAAGUGUUUCUCCAUGUGUUCAUUCAACGUUAACUGCAAACGAGCAGUUGCAGGAUCUGAGUCCAAAUUGUACAAAUUUACAUUGUCCAUUGAAACCGUGUAGCACAGGGGUCGGGAACCUUUUUGACUAAAAAAGCUAUGAAAGCAAAAUAUUUGGAAACUUAUUUCAGUGAGAGCCAUAUAUUUUAAAAGUGAAUCCAACUAAAUGUCAGUAUAAUAAGCCUCUGAAUUUAUUCUUUUAAAUAAUGUUGUUAUAAUACCAUUAAUGCAAUUUCUGGAGCUGCAUGGAUUUGCUGAUAUCUUUGUAGUCUGGUUGGUACUUGGUGAGGUUAAGCUUCAUGCAAGCGUUGAGACUUUCAUCUGUUAGAUGUGAUCGUGGAUUGAACUUGAUGUUUUUAAGACGUGAGCAUGACUGCUCACAUGCAUACAGUAUGUAGAUCCAAACAUGGUCAAUACAGCAAUACUCACAUGCUGCAGUGUGUGGUAUGCGACAGGAAGCAAGUUCCAAGUUUUAAGAAUCAGCUGGUCUUCAUGUUGGAGUUUUUUUCAUUUCUGUCCACAUGUGGCGCACCAAGUCCUUUUUCUAUUGCAUGAUUCUUUGCAAAUCUUCAUUCAGUGACUUCAACUUGUUCACCCACAUGUCUGAGGCCUUCAGGUUAGCCACUUCUAUUUCAAAAUCUCUGACGGACACACCAGGAAUGUAACUCAGUCGGCUGCGUUCAGUGAACACUUGUUUGGAUGGGUGAUGAACUUAAAAAGACGAGUGUCCUCACAAAAUUUUCCAAAGCGUGCUUUUAAGGACUGUAGGAGACUAGAUGUGAAGCCAGCUGGCUGGCAGAGAUGAAAGUUUUGAAUGAGCUCACUUGCUGUGCAUGGAUCUUUAAACUAGGUUAGGGUUAGGGUUAACCCUAACCCAGUUUUUCAAAAUGUAGUCAACAACCUGUUUCAAGAUCUGUAAUGAAGAGCUCUAGCUAAUUUUAAAAAGCAAACACAGCUUGUUGAAGGGAUAACAUUAUUUCCACUGCCUUGCAUUUUCAUGUUGAGCUGGUUCAGAUGUUUGGUCAUACCUACGAGAUACUAAAACUUACGGAGGCACUCAUAUUUGCCUAGCUCAGCAUGCACGAUGCCUUUCAUUUCAAGGAAAGUCCAGAUUUCGUUCAGACAAGCCGCAAAACGGCUAAGCACCUUACCUCUCGACAACCAACGCACGUUGUUGUGCAAAUGCAGUCCAGGAUAGUUAUUUCCAAUUUCAUCCAGCAGUGUUUUAAACUGGCGAUCAUUUAAGGCUCAGGCAACAAUAAUGUUGAUCACACGAAUCACUUCUCCAAACUGCCCGUCACAGAUCUGAGCACAAAAUGUCUCCUGGUGUGGAAUGCAAUGGAAACUUAGGAUGGGUCUAUUUUCAUGUUCACGAAGAAGUGCCACAAAUCCUUUGUUUUCCCCCUCUCUACAUGGAGCACCAUCACAGUACACACUGAGAGAAGUUAACCAUAGGUAGAUUUUUUUUUUUCUUGAGCAAACUCCAUGAAAGACUUGAAUAAACCCUCACCUCUUGUCGACCCUUUUAUUGGCAGAACAGCAAGACUUUCUUCGCGCACUGUGUCAUUAACAGCAUAUCUUGCAAUUACGCUGAACUGCGACAAAUGGGAAGAGAACGGCGCUGCAUUUAUGUCCUUCACUUGCGUUUCCUCCGCUAUGUUUGCCAUAACGAUGGUACAGUCAUGAACAGUUCUUGCCGACAGAGGCAGGUCUUGUGUCCAAUUUAUUAUCUUGUCUUCAUUUGGAAGAUCAUCAUAAAGUUCCUUGGCUACAUCCAGCUUGAACAUUUUAGAGAACUCACCCUCUGUGAAUGGUUUUCUGUUCCUCACUAUUGCUAAAGAUCCAGAAAAGCUAGCAGAAUUAUAGUCAUCUUGCCGGGUCCAUACGAGGAGUUACUGCUGGCAAGCUUGCACCUUGCUCAGUACCUCUUGGCACACUUUCUUUCUGCUGUCUCCCGUAGGCUAAUUUGAUGCAAAGGUAGCCUGCACGUGUCGAAGGGCCGCUUUACGUUCGACAGCUCCAUAGAUGCAAUUUUGUCAUUGUAAAUUAGACACACCGCAGAACCUGCUCUCUCCACAAAGGCGAAUUCUUCGCUCCAUUCUUCCCGAAAUGUACAAUGCUCAUCACCUUUUUUCUUUUUGCCAUCUUCUUUUUCAAAGGGUUAGCUUUGAGCUAACGACUGAGCAGACUGAUUCAAAAGGAGGCGUUUAUCUGUUUAACCAUCAACGGCCAACGUCAGCUAGUAUCAUCCAAUUAAAAUAAUGGACAAUUGCUUUUGCUGCAAACUGCAGCCCUGAACAGGACAUGAGCAAUGAAAAAUAUUUUUAUCUGACAGCCAGAUGCAAUCGUCAAAAGAGUCACACCUAGCUCGCGAGCCAUAGGUUCCUGACCCCUGGUGUAGCAUAACCUUAACUCUCCCCAUUUGGUUGUUGGAUAUCACAUCUUCGAUUGAGCAAAGUCAACAUUUUCCCCACAUUGGAUGUUGGAAUUUUGUCAUUUUGACUUGUGGGUCUUUAAUAGUAAAUACUGUACAUGCAAAAUGUCACAUUUCGGUAUGGUCAUUGAUGCAGUGUUAACCCGGGAAUGUUUUUCUUGUGCAGAAUUACCUCUCUGUCAAAGUGUAGCCCAAGAUGAACGCAACGGUUUUAGAAGUUAGUUGAAGAAAAAACAGCAAAAAUGCACCUAACUAGUACAACUAUUCCAGUCUGGGAUCCUACGUUUUUCACCAAGUUAGUAUAGUAUGUGGCAUUCCAGGUAUAACAACUCUGGUAAAGUAUUUGACUCAAUUCAACCACAAAUCAGUAUUUCUACUUGUUUCCUUUGAUCUAUUAUGUUUUUUUAAUUAUAUUUUUUUAUUUUGCACACUGGCCUCGAAUCACAAAUCUAAACGUGCAUCACUGCAGGUCGGUGAUUGUGAUGUGAAGUCUUUUGUCAUUGAUGUAUUAUGUUGUUUGAUAAAUAAUAAAACAUUUGUCAUGUUUCCAGAUCUAA